AAAAAAAAAACAAUCAGUUAAAUAUUCUCGGGCAGCUGUUAAAACAUUUUUAGUCUUUAAAUAUUUAGACGAUUUUUUUCAUUAUUUCAUCGUAUUUUCUUUUAAGACAAGUAACAUGAAAGUUCGUCUGGCUGCUUCUUAAAAAACUACAAUGCCACUGAUUAAGGACGGCUGUGUGUCCCUAAACGUCUACUUUUGGUGUACACAAGCAAUUGGUGAAAAAAAUGUCAAAUUUAUUAGCACUGUAAGCUGAUUAAUCGAUAGUCUAUAGCCAAUUCAACGUGACGUGUUCAAAACCUCAUAAUGGCCAGAAAUAUGUUUUGUUGUUGCCCAUAAACCAAAUAUAUUUGGAUUACUGCCACAGACAAAACAAAAAACAAAACAAAAAAAACCAAGCGAGAACACAUUUAUUUGCAUUUUUGUCAUUAGGCUUGUCAAACACAAUUAAUCGAUUAUUCAUUGCAGCCUACGCGUUAACCCUCGCUACAAACUCCAGCCAGGUUGUGAUUCAGGCGCACUGCAUGUCCGUCAUGUCAGGACUUGCUCGUCACCUCCAACACCGUGGGACACCCACCAGGCUAUUACUGAAAACCUUCCCCCGGCUUGAGGUCUUUACCUCGGCGACUUCAAGUCGUUCUUUACCUCCUCCUCCUACUCUUUCCCCCCGGAUUCGACCAACAAUUCAUCCAUGCAGGCAGGAAAGGAAAGGGGAAAUAAGUGCCCUGUGGCAUCUGGCGCAUAUCCAAAAUCUGCAUGACAAAAGAGCUCCUAAUCUUAAUUGGAAAUUACCAAGAGGAUGUAAAUGCGUACGGUUAUUUUAAUUCAUGAAUUAUGACGUGAUGUGGUCGUUGUCCUGAGUUUUCUAACGUCAGUCUGGGCAAUAAUUCAGAAUACUUGUAUUAUUAUUAUUAUUAUUAUUAUUAUUAUUAUUUAUUUAUUAUUUUAUAAUCUCCCAACGUGAAUUUACAUUUAUUUCCAACAUACAUGGUCAGAGUCAAAAAACAAUGUAGCGACUAAGUAUAAAAAUAAAACCCAGAUUCCCGCGGGGUUGUGACAUGCACUGGUCAGGAGGACGAAGCAAGCCUCCACUGUCUGCUCCUCCCCUGCAGCGCUGCUAGCACAACGACUGUGGGAGUCAUUCCCGGAGGGAUCGUGUGGACCUGGGUAUACUGGGCCCCACCGCAGCACGUGUUAAAAGCUGCUGACGCACAGAAACAGCACGUACAUUUACAGAGCGAGUUUGUGCCACAGACAGCGCCAGAGGAGCCCGACACUCGGGUCUUCUGUGCGAGAAGGAGGUCAAACGACCUAGAUGUACGGAUGGACUGCAGACAACGAGCAGGAGUGAAUGGACAGUGUCAACAAUCCACAAGCUCCACCAACUAACAGCAGCAUGGUAUGGAGUCUUUGUGCGUCUCUACGACUUUAAACCACCGCCAUUAAACCCAAACACGCAACAUGACCUAGUCUAAGAGAGCCUUGGAAUAUAGCAACAAUCAGCGGGUUCAGAAAUGAACGAGGGGCUCUGGAGGAAACGCCCUUUAAAUAUCUGCAAAUGCCCUUAUAAUUCUCAUGGCAUUAGCGGUUAAAGCCUCUGUGAAAUACACGGUUGACUCUUGCAAAGCCCAAGUGGCCACGCAGCACACAACAGAAUAAAGAUGAUACUAUUUCAUACCAGACAAUCACCGGUGUUGGUUAAAUCAUCAAUGAAAAAAGAAGUGGCUCCAAAAAUAAUUUAGAGGAUAUGUUAACCUUAUCUGGUCUAAUUUAACGUUAGUAACGUUGAACUUCUAUAUGUGUGUGUGUGUGUGUUCUAGUCACAGGGGAUUCACGUGUUUUAUAGAAAAAACGUGUUCUUUCUCGAUUUAAAAUAAAACGUGUCUCAGGGGCGAAACACAAUAGCCAGUUUAAACAAGGCUUCUCUGUGUCUAUUGGUAAUUCACACAAUUAUCCUAUAUUAUUUACUACACACUCACGUUAUCUGGACAGCGUUAUGGGUGGUGGCGGCUUGUGUUUCCAUUGCUUUCUAUAGGGUAUGUGUGUACGUCUCUCUCUCUCUGUGUGUGUGUGUGUGUGUGUGUGUGAGAGAGAGAGAGAGAGAGAGUUCCGCGUGUUUCAGUGUGAGGAGCGUGCGUGUUCGGUGUUCCUUUGCAUGCUGGUUUGAGUGUGUCUCUGUGUGUGUGGGUGUUGGUGCGCUCUCGUGUAAAGGCACAUGAUACGUGUGUGUGUGUGUGUGUGUGUGUGUAGACAAUCUACUCUAAGCAGAAAAAAGACCAUUGUCAUAAAAAUAGCGAAUAAAGUGACGUCAUGUUCAGUAACUUCCCGCUACGGCUCCCGUUCCUACUUUUUACUGCAUGUCGUAAAUAUAAAUAGUCUCAAGAUAUUCCUGGAGAUUUCCAAACGGCUUGACUAUUGUAAUAAGAUUAUUUAUUAUUUUCUAAAUUUUCCCUGUAUGCGUUGCUUUAGAAUAUUAGAAAGAGAAUCUCUUUUUUUUUAAAUUUCCUGGCGUUGUUUUUUUUUAAAUCCUUGUGGGAAAAGCAACUGCGAUUUUGUCUUACUCACUUUAAAUAUAUACUGUAUGUGUAAAUAAAAACAAAUGUCUUCCUGCAAAUGUUAGUUUAUUUUUAAAUAAAUGAGGAAUGAACAUUUAAGCUAUGCAGCAUGGAUAGCGCGUUUAAAUAUAUUUUUGCACACAAAGAAAGAAGGGGGGAAUUCGUGCAUAAAAUAUUAUAAAGGAAUGAAAAAGUUGCCGGUGAAUUUACUCUGGUGUAACCAGACAAAUGAAGACAGACCUACACACAUAUAUAUAGUGUGUAAGUAGGUCAGUCUAUAGGCAGCCCAACGAUAAAGAAUACAUAUGGAGGAAAAGCUGCAUGGAGCCAACAAAAGCAGAGGAGUCUAGCAUUGGUCGAAGCUGCAGCCUGUAUGUGGAAAAACGGCAAUCCACGAGUGUGAAAGGGGAAAUUUUUCUCUGUCACACCCACAGACACACACACACACAUCGAACCUUCUACUCCAACCAGUAGAACGCAUUUAUAUAUGCAACAUGUCCCAUAGAGCAUGACUACAUGCAUGCUGAUGUGAAUAGAAUGGAAAAAUGCACUUUAGCCGUGUGUCAGUCUGCAGACUCAGGGGUUUCCCCCUACUGAAAAAAAAAAACCCACAAUCACCAACGUGGACCUUAUAGAGCUAUACGUGAAGAGUGGGUUGGAUAACUAUUGUCAUGAUUGGGCAUUUAUGUGCAGGUUUGUGUGUGUAAGUGGGGCUGGAGGGGUAUCCAUUUUUUAUUGCAUCACCUGUCAGCGCUGUCCAAUGGGCGUCUACACUGAGGGCAUUAAUUGAUGAAGGUGUCUCCAGACAGGCGCACCUCCCUCCUCUCUGUCAUUUUAUUUGUGGCUCAGGCAGCAGCAGCCAGAUCAGCUGCUGCAUUUUAGCUCUUAUUCUGAUUCUUUCUCUCUCUCUCUCUCUCUCUCUCUCCCUCCACCCUCACUACACUCCCUCUCCCUCCCUCUCUCUCUCUCUCUUCUCUCUCUAUUUUAUUCCUCUGUCUGAGGCAGUGGUGUGUACACCUACCCCUCGUCCUGCUGCCGACCAGAAGGGAGUGGAGCCGGCACAAGCAGGUAGUAGCAGCAGCAGCAGCAGCAGCAGUCCCGGCUUGCUGGACGCAUCCGCCGCAUUCCUCCACCGCCACCACUAAUUUCAGCACCAUGCCGGGCAAAAGACGAGCGGUGGAUGCUGUGAGCUCUGUCAGCGUAUGAGGCUCUUUUUAAACUCCACAUGUCAAAGUUUACAUUCUCAUGACGCAGCGGCAGCAGCUUUGCGAAAGGAUGCACGGAUGGAUUAAAGGUAUGAGCAGAGUGUCUUGAUCUCUGUGCCAUGUGCAGGUAAAUCCAUACCACGCUGGAGUGUGACUCUAUGGAUUAAUACAUUGGACUGGAUCUACAAAAGAUGGGGGACUUGGAGUGUGGUUUUGAGGAGAUGGAAGGAGUGAGGUUAGGAUACCUGCUCAUCCAGGGCAAGCAGAUGUUUGCUUUGUCUCAGGUUUUCACCGACCUGCUCAAGAACAUCCCCCGGACCACGGUGCACAAGCGCAUGGAUCACCUGAAGGUGAAAAAGCACCACUGCGACCUGGAGGAGCUGAGAAAGCUCAAAGCAAUAAACUCCAUCGCCUUCCACGCAGCCAAAUGCACCCUCAUAUCAAGGGAGGACGUGGAGGCUCUGUACUUCUCCUGCAAGACGGAGCGUGUGUUAAAGUCCAACAAAAGGAAAGCGAAGGCGAUUGUGUGUUCCUCUCGGGGGACGAUGGACGCGAACGGGGGGCUCCUCCGUGCCGACUGUGCCGAGCUGUGGGGGAAAAAAGUUUGGUUUAGUUUGCGCGCUGUCCCGGAGACUCUGGCACUUCACAGCAAGACCGACUCCAAACUACCUCAAUUUUAUCAAAAAACGCACGCACGAGAUUACUGUUCAGCGACCAAGUCCGCUCACAGACACUUUAAAAACUAUGAAACAACCAAAUUCACAGGGAGCCGCUUCACUCUGAGCCAAAAGCAGGCGUUUUUGCGCAGCCGGCAGCCCGUGGUGCUGCAGUCCGCCAUGGCUUCUCAGCCCCGGCUCUCAGACCUGCUCCACAAAAGGAAGAGGAGGCGCGAGGCAGCCGGAAGCAAGGAGAGCAGGCACGCGCAUCACCACGUCCCGCCGGUGCUGCUGGUACAACCCAAAACACCGCGGUCUCACGAGACUCCGUUAAGUGCUUUCAACCUGGGUCAGGACUUAUAUCUGGACCCCAGACCUCACCAUCACCACCACAGCCACCAGCAUCCACACCACCACCCUCACCAACACCAACACCCCCUCCACCACCAGGAGCAUGAUUUCCCUGAGAGCUACAGCAGUGACACCGAAUCCAGCACCUACUCCUACCCGGACUCGGACUUUGGGUCCGGCUGCUCCACCAGCAGCAACUCCGGCAGCUCAGAGGAGGAAGAGGACGAAGAUGACACUCAGACAGAUAGUUCAGAUGUCAGUUCGGAGGAGGAGGAAGAGGAAGAGGAGGAGAGUUCAUCUCAAUCCGACUCCAGCUCGGUUUCGAGCCGGGUUUCGGUCCAGAGCAUCCGGUUCAGGCGGGCCCGGGUCGGUUCUCUAGCCAAAAGUCUCCACACUAGUAAAGCACCUUUGGUCCUGGAGCCCACCUUUCACUACAACAACAACAGCCAGCACCAGGAAAAGCAGGACAGGACUAUGUACCACGUUCCACAGACAGAGGACAGUGGACAGGACAAAAGACAGAAAUGUGAAUUUAUUUACAGUGAGAUUACAAAGGGCUUGGUGCCACACACAUUUAACUCAGCUCAUGUUGGCGAGAGCUUUUUUACUGAGUCCAAAAAGGAAAAUGCGUGUGAUGCAGAGCUAGGUAGGACUGACUCUGCUGUGGAUCUGUUCUCCUAUUCACUAGGACUCAACCGAAGCAAGGCCUUAUUCCACGCCACGCGUAGGGCACCGGGGCAUCCCACUAAAGCCCCCCCGGGACUGAGCGCACAGUGUGAGCAGGACAAAGACGCCAAACUGCCCAAGUGCUCUGAUAUAAAUGAGGUGAAAGCCACCACCCUGAAACUGCCCAGUCCCGUGAAAAAAAUCAAGACCGAGGUGGAGGAAGCCAGUGUGACCGCUGCCUCCCCUGCUGACAGCGUGGGCGCAGCCAGGACACCAACCUUUAACCUCCACAGUGUGAAAGUUAAAGUGGAGGAAAGCUGUGAUGAAUAUGAAUACCAGGCUAAUAAUGCAGUGAAAUGUAAAGUGGACAAAGCAGAGAGCAGCCAGAAUAUCAAACCAGGGGAGUUUUUCACCAGCGGGAUUAAAGCCACAGAUAAGAGCCCUGAUGUGGCCCCCAGAUCCCCCAUUGGCCCUCAGGAAUGCACCCUACAUGACGCUCCAGGUAUGGAGGAGGGGGAACACAGGAACAGAAACUGCAGGGCAGCGGUGCUAGGGAAUAGGAAACAUAGAGUUUCAAGGACUCACACAAAACAAAACGUGCCCAGGGUCAAUAAAUCAUCCACUUCUUCUUCUCUAUCCUCCUCUUCAUUAUCAUCAUCUUCAUCCUCCUUUACUCGCCCUGUUAGCUGUGAGGACGCGUCCACAGAGGAUUUACCGAGCAGACGCAAACGCAGCACUAGCAGCGUUGCAGCAACGGUUGCAAAAAUGCCUUUCAGUCUGUUGGCAAAUUUUCCCUCCCCGCCGUCGCUGGUCGUCGGCAGCGACGGGGAUCUGUGCCCCGCUUACUCCCUGAACUCGCACUGGGGCCCCGGGCCUCCCCCACCGUCCCACCCCGUGUGGAGGUGGCAGCCAGGCGUUCACGUCCUCCCUCCCCCACACACUCAGAGAACUAGGAAAUACUGAGCUGUGGGGCUUUUUCGAAAGCAAAACAACAAAAGCCCCCACAGCGUCCAUGCACCUCUAAACCCAGUCGUAGCUGCAGUCUUAACGCCAGCGCACCAAAAUGCUCCAAACUUGUUUUUGUAAUCGGCGUGUUUUUUUAAAAGUCUUUUUAACCCCCCACCCUUUUCUGGAUAUACAUUCCGCUUUGUUUUGAAGUUUGAUCGAGGAAAGCUGCAAGACUUCCCUCUAUUUUGGAGCCUCGUGUGCGCAGGAUCGUGAGACGCCGCUCGUGGAUUUACGCUUAAAACUGGUGUAAACUAAUGUCUUUUAGAGAUAAGAAUACGAAUCCUAAGCAAUACGUUAGGGUGUCAAUGGUGCAUUGUUGUGUUUACUUGUUUUUAUUUUUAUAUCAACUAUCCCCUUUACUCGACUGUUCGACCUGUUGGAUUGUAUGACGCCUUUGCUUUGUCUGAAACCAGAAAAAAUUGGGUUAAAAUAGAUCAUCUGAGCAUUCAUGGGAUGAUGGGACACAUUUUUAAGAGAUCUUGAUCUGAUCUCCAGCCUUUGUUAUUUUUAUUUUGUUUUUUUGUGUAGAAUUUUCUGGUUUACAAAUGUCCGUGCACAUUACGCAGGCCCAGGCACAACACAGGCCUUAUGUACAGACAAUCAAACAUAAC